AUGGAAGUUGUGUUCCGUGGUAGAGCGCAAGAAGCGAGAUAUGCUAAGCUAGCUGAGAGGCAAAUGGAUUUGACUCGCUAUCCUCACCACCCGACUAUGGAAAGAGAGUCAUCUCCAGAAACACCACAAGAUUAUGAACAUUUAGAUGAUGACAUGUAUGUAGCAAAACAAGACUCUGAAUGUGACACUCCUCCUGGAUACUAUGAAUAUGGACAUAUACUCGAAGAUGAUCAUGUGCCUGAAUAUGAACCUAUGCCUGAAGACGAACCCAUUCCUGAAUAUGAGCCUCUACCUGAAGACGAACUCAUUCCUGAGUAUGAGCCUGAGACUCCUACUGGUUCACAAGAAAUUCAAUCUGAAGACAUGACUGACGUCGAGCCUGAACAACAACAACCUACUGCAUCCGCUGAAUCAGUGGCCCCAAGAAAUGCUCCUCCAAGGAUCGAGCAUGCUCCUAAUCAGAACACGCAUGGGUAA